CACAUGCAAGAUUUAAAAGACGUCACACGAGAUGUCCAUUACGAAAAUUAUAGGGCACAAUACAUAACAAAGAUAUCUCAGCAGGCAGCUCGAGAGAGAAACAAACUUAGGAGGGAUUCCGGACCGAAUUUUGAUACAAUUUCCGAAGCAGAUCGACUACUUCAACAAAAGGAAGAGGAGAUUCGUCGAAUGCAAGAUAUGUUGCAACAGAUGCAACAGAAGCUGAGGGCAGCAGGAAAAGAACCUUUAUCCGAAUCCAAAAUGGAUGGAGAUAAAAAAGAUAGUGACAGUGUGGUUAAUUUAUAAAUUUAUAAAAGAUUUCUACUAUUAAAAUUAAAUUUUUUUAUUAUUAUUACUAUUAUUAUUAUUACUCAGUACUUAAUGGGCUGAAGAAACAAAUAAUAGAAUGCCCUCAUUUAUAACAUUCUAUGUUAAAGUUGAAGAUAUUUUUGAGUUUUUGA